UAUAAAUUGGGUACAAGCCCCAUUCAUUAGUAUCACCCUAGUUUCUGUAAGCAGAAAGAAGCAAUUAACUAAUUAAGAGUAAAAAGAAGAAGCAAAGCUACAAAAAUGGCAAAGACUCUCAACUCCAUCUGCUUCACCACUCUUCUGCUCGUUGUCUUGCUCAUUUCCGCCGAAAUCCCAAAGAACGAGGCGACAUGUACAAAGUUUUUGGGCGAAGCCGCAGUGCCUUACCCAUGCAAGGAAAGCGUUUGUGAAGCCAAAUGCGCGGAGCAUUACCACGAGUCAUGCAGAGGAGAGUGUGAGGAUCAUGACCACGGCGUGCAUUUAACAAAUGACCACGACGAGCAUUGCCACUGCUACGGUCGUCGUUGAACUACUAAAAUCUCCAGACGAACUCGUAUCGAAUUUAAAAAUCGAGAAUGUAAGCGUGGUUCCGUUCGAUUUAAGUGUAUGUGCAAGAGUGUGAUGAGAGUUGUUUUCUUUUAAUUAAAAUAAAGUAGUGACGAAGCUAAUGACUGCUUCCCUCUACGUCUACUAUAAGAUUGCAUGUUGUUUGCUAUUUCGUUUUAAUAAUAAUAAACUUGCUUGUGUGUUUUGUCAACGUAUAAUUUCUUUUAUAAACCAUUUAGAUGAAAACAUACAAUCGUCAUUUUGAUAA